UGUUCUGACACCUCAAUGGACUCACUCCAGCAUAUUGUGCUCUACUGCCCUUUCUACCAAGUGUUUGUCAGGUUCAACUCCAGCCAUGGUUUCCCAGUGGAGAUUGAUGCAGACACCAGCAUCUUCCAGCUCAAGGAGGCAGUUGCUAAGCGACAGGGAGUUCCAGCUGACCAGUUGCGAGUGAUUUUUGCAGGGAAGGAGCUCAGGAAUGACUUGACACUGCAGAGCUGCGACUUACCCCAACAAAGUAUUGUUCAUGUUGUUCAGACUCCGCAGAAAAGCAAUCAAGGAGGGAUUGAGACUGGAAGUGAAAAUGUUUGUGGUGUUCUAACAAGUGAUGGAAGAGAAGCCAAAAGCCUCACUCGUGUGGAUCUCAAUACCAACCUUCUCCCUUCUAACUCAGCUGGACUUGCUGUGAUUUUGGACACAGGAGGAAAGAGCAUCUCUUCUCCACCUGACAAUUCAGGGAAUUCUUCAUACAACAGUUUUUAUGUUUUCUGUAAAAGUUUCUGCCAAGCAGUGAAACCUGGGAAGCUUCGUGUUCGUUGCAGAACAUGCAAACAAGGCACACUGACUCUGUCCAGGGGUCCUUCUUGCUGGGAUGACGUUCUGACUCCAAACAGAAUAACUGGUAUUUGCCAAUCCCAAAACUGCAGUGGAGAAAUAGCGGAAUUCUACUUUAAAUGUGGAGCACACCCAACCUCUGACAGUGAGACAUCUGUGGCACUGAACCUCAUUACCACAAAUAGUCGGGGCAUCUCAUGUAUAACCUGUACAGAUGUUCGGAGUCCUGUGUUGGUAUUCCCAUGCAUUCAUCGCCAUGUCAUUUGCCUAGACUGUUUUCAUCUGUACUGUGUGACUAUGCUGAACAUUCGCCAAUUUGUCCAUAACCCUGUUUUUGGCUACUCCCUUCCAUGUGUGGCUGGCUGUCCAGAUUCCUUGAUUAAAGAGCUGCAUCACUUCAGAAUUCUGGGCGAGGAGCAGUACAACCGUUACCAGUGUUAUGGUGCUGAGGAAUAUGUUCUGCAGAUGGGUGGUGUCCUGUGUCCCACGCCAGGAUGUGGUGCAGGGCUGCUUCCUGAACCUGAAGAGAGAAGGAUUGUGUGUGAGCCAAGCAAUGGAAUGGGUUGUGGGCUGUGAUGUAAAAUGCUGACAUGUUUAACACAGGAAACCAGAAAGAAAAUAUGGAAGCUGUUACACCUGGUGCCAACUAACCUGCUUGCUGAAAAAGCUGGAGUAAUCAAGGCUCAUGAGAGCAUGAUAAAUAAAACA